AUCAUCCCACUUUUCAGUUUUCUGGCAAAAACAAGUAUUUGUUCCUCUUAUUUUCUUCCAUAAGAAUUCCUUUACAUCCAUUCAUUAAUUUUUUUUAUUUAUAGCCAGUGCGCUCUUCAAAUCAACUUGUUUCAGUUGUUUCGUGGUUCUGGAGGAUCGAUUGAACUUUAGUGUAACUCACUGAUAUCCUUGAGUCUUUCCUUAUUGUAUUACAACUUUUGUGUUUAGCUUCGAAAAUGCGAUUAGCUAACAUUAUUUUGUGUCCGCCGUUGUUAAUAUAAGAUUUAUUGAGGUGGGCUACUUCCCAAAUAUUUAAGUUGGAACCCUUUUCCCAGAGGGCAGUUUGAGCAAGUGUAAAGGAUUUGUCAGUGUUUUGAAUAAUCCAUCGUCUCUACCAAAAAAUGGGUAACAGAUCAUCUCUGCUGCUCCAAGAGGAAGAAAUAGCCCAGAUUCAAGAAGCAACUGGCUUCACACCUAAUCAGAUUGAGAGGCUGUACAGUAGAUUCACAAGUCUAGAUCGAGGUGACUGCGGCACUCUAAGUAGAGAAGAUUUCCUGCGAAUUCCAGAACUAGCCAUCAAUCCUUUGGGGGACAGAAUCGUUCAUGCAUUUUUCGAAGAAAGUGGUAGCGACAGUGUGAAUUUCCCUCAGUUCAUGCAAGUUCUAGCUCGAUUCCGUCCGAUCAAGAAGGGCAAAGAAAACAAACUCAACUCAAGAGAGGAAAAAUUAAAAUUUGCUUUCAAUUUGUAUGACCUGGACAAUGAUGAUAAAAUAUCUCGCGAUGAACUCCUGGCAAUUUUGCACAUGAUGGUCGGAGCAAACAUCAGUGAAGACCAGCUGAGUUCGAUUGCAGAGCGCACAAUCCUGGAGGCAGAUCUAAAUGGUGAUCAAAUGAUAUCCUUUGACGAGUUCUGUAAAGCUUUAGAGAGAACUGACGUUGAACAGAAGAUGUCCAUCAGAUUCUUAAAUUAAUGUCAACUCAAGCAUCUGGUUAUUUCCUUUGAAUUGAUCAAGUUAUUUUA